UGAGAGAGGGAUUUGGCUUAUAGAUUGACAUGUGUUCAUUAUCGUUUAUUUCCACAAACCUUCACUGACAGCAUGCUUUGUGCCUUGGGGGCUCAAAAAUGAAAGACACGUUCCCUACUCUCAGGAAUUUCACAGCCCAGUGCAGGGAGACACACAGAUAAGUAGACCAUUCAAAAGCAGGUUUAUGCUAGAAUGAAAGGGACUGUGAAGAAGGGCUGAGCCCUAACGAGAGAUCGAGAGAUUGGGGAAAGCUAGGGAAGAUGUCCCAGUGUGAAUCUUCCCACUCCAUUGCCCCAAACACCUCCUCAAAGCCUGUGACUUGUAACCCUCCGCAUGCCCUCCCAGUGCCUGGAUCAAAUGUUCAGCCUGUGUGCCACACAAUAGACUGAUGUUAUGCAUCGAUAAACUCUUAGACAUCCGGCUGGUUCUGUGCCCAUCCCCCUGCCCCCACUGCAGAGAGGCCAAUAAAACUCUUGUUCAGACUCACACUGCACACAGCAUUCUGAACUUCUGGAUCUACCAUCUCCUGUUUCCCAAGCACCAUGAAACUCCUGCUGUUGGCUCUUCCUAUCCUUGUGCUCCUACCCCAAGUGAUCCCAGCCUAUGGUGGUGAAAAAAAAUGCUGGAACAGAUCAGGGCACUGCAGGAAACAAUGCAAAGAUGGAGAAGCAGUGAAAGAAACAUGCAAAAAUCUUCGAGCCUGCUGCGUUCCAUCUAAUGAAGACCACAGGCGACUUCCUACGACAUCUCCCACACCCUUGAGUGACUCAACACCAGGAAUUAUUGAUAAUAUUUUAACAAUAAGGUUCACUACAGACUACUUUGAAAUAAGCAGCAAGAAAGACAUGGUUGAAGGGUCUGAGGCAGGACAGGGAACUCAGACCUCUCCCCCAAAUGUUCACCAUACCUCAUGACUUCUUCUCGGAUGUCACUCACCCCUGUCCUCAGAGUGAUAAACUAAGUCACAUAUAGAUAAAACACCACAGUGACCUCCCACUCCCCACCAAUAUGUAAUUCUAUUAAUAGAAACAGCUGUGUAAAGAAGUCUAAAAUUUUCACUAUUUCCAAUGAUAAACUCUUCAGUGCUCUUCUUGAGAUGUCAAAUUAUUUUCACAAGUUUUAAUCUAUUUUUAGUAUUUCUUGUUUGCUGGUGACCUAUGCACAACCUCAAUAGCUUAGUUAGCUAUUCCAACAACAAUUUUUUCAUGUGUCUUUCUGUCUUCUCAACAGGUGUCUUAAUGGCAGCAUAAGUGGUCAUGAUCAAAAUUCUAAAUCUUUGCAUCUGUGAGAGUAGCUACUAGGACACUAAAAGCUUUUUUUCUAGAACAGGAGACACUUCAGGUGAAAGCAUUCAUUUUCCUACUAACCAUGGCCUUAGAGGAAGGUUUUAUCUGUCACCGUAUCACUGUAGGAAAUUGACUGUCCCAAGUGUGAGCUAAGAAGACUCCUUUUGGCCCCAGUGUCUUUCGGGUUGAAAUAGAAGCUGUCGAAAAGCUUCUAUGGCUCUGUAGACCCAUCUCUUUGACCAAGCCUUGAUCACACAUGGACAUCCAAGGGUAAAGAUGGCCCCUCAAUUGUGGGUGAAAGGAUAGGUCAUUUGUCCACCUGAUUACUGAGACUGAGAGCUUUACUUGUCUCCCUGUGACAG